AUGCAUUUAUUACGUGAAAGUGUUCCUGAAAUUAAGAGUUUGAUGGUUAAGGAAGUACCAAAAGGAAAUACUACUGUCUUGAAUUGCCUUAGUAAUGAUUUGGACCAUAACUUUAUGUUUUGGCUGUUCAAUGGAACUGAUGUGAUUGGUCCUGGCAAUCCUUACAAUCAACAAAAAUAUAAGUAUGAGGUACUAUCUGGCAACCUGCAUAUUUAUGAUGUGUCCCCUAAGGAAUCUGGUUACUAUCACUGCAUUUCAAAGAAGCUUAAUGGUGUGGGCUACACAGUUGGACAAGUGGACAUGAUUGUCACGGGGGCAUCAUUCACACCAAUGGAUGCAGUAAAACUAGUAGCCAUUAUCUUAUCUCUGAUUGUAAUCAUUGGCUCUGUUGCACUGUAUUUCCAUUUGAAGCAAGAUUGGAGGAAAUAUGAUGGCAGAGUUGUGGUAUCUCCAGUGGACGAAGUAGAGGAGGAUGAAGAUGCAGGUGACGAGGUUUAUAAUCGAACAACUACCUCCAUUAGUCAGCAAUCGUCGCCUACCCAAGCUGGACCUAGCAGAAAUCCAUCCUCAGACCAACUAUUAUUUGGAAUAGACAAUCAAGGCUUAGAUACAGAUUUCAACUCAGUGUUUGAGAAUAUUCAAAUUAAGUCACCACAACGAAGUCUGAUUUAA